UCAGGCGGAGUUCGGAUCUUAAAACAUUUGGCCAACUUCUCCAGCGCUCCACUUCUGCCUGCACAUAUUUGAACAGAGAAACCUUCCUGUCCAGUCUGAGGAGCAUUUCAUUGGAUAUCCGCAUUUUAAAGGGGUAUUUUUAACCGCUUGCUGGGUUUAUUCCUGGUAGAAUCCCCCCGUCAGGAGGACGCGCACCGGGACAGGAGACUUUUUCAGCUUUCUAACCACUUUUCUUUUUCGGAUUUAUUUGGUUGCACAUGCGAUGUCACGGACUAUUAAAGGAGGAAGAAAUCAACCUCGCUGAGUAGUUUUGAGAGAGUUUUCCUGAGUGUUUUUUGGGGUUUUAUUUGUUAAAAAACCAGUUGAGCAACUGGCGUCAGGACUCUAUAAUCAAUGCGGUGUCAGCUGGAAGGACGCAGGGUCCGGAUCUCACCUAAACGCUGAUACGUCUUGGGAGUGAUGCACUGGCUGCCCCUGGUUGCCAUGGUGAUUGCCUCGGCCCUGCCUUUCCCUCACAACCCCGUGUCCAGGAUUGCCGCCGCGACCACGGAGCCCGGCUCGGACCGCCGCAGAGAGCCCCAGCGUCAUGAGCCAGCCGCCCGCACGGCGGCCCCCCCGCUGGACCACAGCCUUGACGGAAACUCCUCGCACGCGGACUACAACAUGGCCGCCGCCCCACAGGACCCCCAGAACCAACAGGACUACGUCAAAUCCUCCUGGCACGCGGAGACUUCCACGGUGAGAGCAGAGAAUCAAGCAAGGCACGGCAGAAGCGGCUCGGACGGAGCUCUCAGGAUGGAGGGCAUUUCCCAGGAUCAGUCCGGACCACAGGACUACAGACCCGGCAGCAGCAGGAGGCCGCACUACUCCAGCUUCAUGGACUUUUCCAAAACGAACAACGUUCAGGACCCUACAAACCCUGCACUGCAAUUUUCUGCAGCAGAGAACCACGACACUGUCAGUCCUGCCGUCACCCCGGAAGCUCAAAGAGGACCAACGCCGACCGCUUCCUCCGGAGAGGCCAGAGGAGCGGCGGCGUCGGAGAGCGAGGGGACGGCGGGGAACGAGGGGACGGCGGUCACCGCGGAGAGCCUGACCUUGGAGGCAGCUCUGGGUCUGGAAGGCGGGUUAGAUGGCGUCCUCGAGGGAGACGAGAUGUUCCUGGACGCUCAUCCACGGGUCCUGUUCUCGCCGUCCCCGUCGCCGCCGGAGCACCCGCCCCUCCUGCUCAUGCUGGAGACGGGGCUGCUGGAGGACGACGGGGACCGGGAGGAGCAGGAGGACCUGGACAGGCUCAUCGAGGGUCACGGGGACCGCGCCCUCGACAGGAGCACCACCCCCAGCUGGGCCUCCUCGGUCCCCAGCGAUUCCGCCCGUCCCGUCAAAAGGGACAAACGCUCGCACUUGGUGGACAAGAGGCGAGGGGAGAAGUCCGUGUGCGAGUCGGAGAGUCUCUGGAACGUGGACAAGAAGACGGCCAUCGACUCUCACGGACAGAAGGUCACCAUCUUGCAGGAGAUCCAGACCCAGACGGGUCCGCUCAGACAGUACUUCUACGAGACGCGGUGCCGCCAGGCUGAGCAGCAGAGCAGGCCGCGGGGCGCGGCGGCGGCAGCCGGCCGGUCGGCGGCCACGGGCGUGGCCGGCGCCGGCUGCCUGGGCGUGGACAAGAGGCAGUGGCUGAGCGAGUGCAAGGCCAAGCAGUCGUUCGUGCGGGCGCUCACCAAGGACGCCAACAGCAGAAUCGGGUGGCGGUGGAUCCGAAUCGACUCGUCCUGCGUGUGCGUGCUGCUGUCCAGAACCAACCAGCCGGCGGGGAGGGAGGUGCUGACGGGGCGGGGGAAGGGCUGAGAGGAGGAGGAGGAGGAGGGAUGAAGAAGUGACGUCCUUCUCGUUUCCUUUCCUCCCUCCACUUCCACUGACUAUCGAAAAAACAAGAAGACCUCAACACUAGAUCUUAGGGAAAAUUGUUCUAUAGAGAGAUUUUACUUUAAGAAGUACUGUUUUUUUGUAUGAUCUAUCUUUCAUAAUCUAAGUUAUUUUUGAUUAGUAUGUAAGCAUGUGUAUGUCUCUGAUAUUAAUAUAUUCCUUUAUGUAUGUGUACAAUACGACACCAGUAUACCUUUAUGUAUGAAGCUAUGUAUAUCAGUGUGUAUUUAUAGAAGAAGUCUUGGAGGAGUUGUAGGUCUCUCCAGUGUCUGAUGAUAAUUCCAGCCUCGGCUCGGCUCCGCUCGGCUUGUGAGAGGAAGGAGCGCCACCUACUGAGGUCCCGCUUUACUGCCCCUUCCUCUCAGCCGGCGUGGCUUCAGCAGCCAAACCCCGAACCAGCGACGGCAGCGCGCUUCUGUUCUACUCAGGCUGAUGGGUCAUGAAUGUAAAAACCGAGCUCAUCUUACACACAAACACACACACGCGCUGGUGUGUUCAGUCAGCCUGUCCAUCGUGGUAAUAAAGGAUCUUUGUACUCAGUAUUUCUGUGCUAAUUAACUCCCAUCAGACGUGUCUCAGAUUAGCAGGAAGUCAAAGAGAUGAUUUAAUCUGCUGAGGAGCAGAAAACACACGCUUCACCUGAACGGAUUCAGCUGUCUCGGAGACAGAGCAUUUUCAGUUUUACCCUGAGGGGAAGUGAGGAAGGUUAAAAGGGAGAUUUGAGACACGGACAGCAUGUUUCCGUUAUUUGGUUGACGGCAGCUGUUUCAUCCUCACGGUUCCUUCGUCUCACUUUUCAGUCUAUUUUUGUUCCGUUUGUCUUCCUCUCGUCUGAUGUUCUCCCCAGUCAGUGCCUUCUGUGCUGCUGUCACGUCGUGAAUUUACUUAAAAUGCAUCAGUUCAGGCAGAGAGAAGAAACGGAGGGAAGAUGCAAACUCAACAGAAAGACUUCCUCAUCCUGGGAACCGAACCGA